CUAAGAAUAAAGAUUGAAUCGGCAAUUUCAAUACUGGGGAGAUAAACUUUGAUCUCGCAAGAACUCACGAAAUCUUGGGAAUAAAGGAACCAACUGACUUGAUUAUGCCCGGUUAUUUCGCGAGAAGAUAAAAGAGUGGCCAACUUAAGAUUCCACCUGUUACUCGCCCGAGACUGCUACGAAAUUCACGCGAUCCGUCGACCGGUCAUUACAAUGAUAAUAGAUCCUCCCGUCUUGCGAGCAUUUUGACUGGCCAGUUUAUAUAGCCAGGGUUCCACUUACGGGGACCAGACGUUCGCAUCGUUCUGUACCGAAGACUCGAAGAAAUCGAUAAAUAAUUAUAUCAGUGAUCGUACCGAGGAUUGUGCAAGAGGAAUUACCAAGAAAUGAAAAUAGUGUUAUUUCCAUGAUGAUUUAUGUAUCAAAGGACUCCGACAUCGAUCUGAGUGAUUCGAGUAUAAAAUCUAUCGUCAGAUAGAUUCGCCAAAUCAUCGGGGCAAUCGAAGAGGGGAAGAAAAUCAUUUUGAAUAUUUAUAAAAUCGAAGAUGAACUCUGUGAGUCGCGUGGUCAUCCUCUUGGCUGUAUCCUGGCGUCUGGCGACGGGAUUCAACGUCCUGCUGGCCACGAUGGGCGGCACGAAAUCUCACACGGUACCGUUCGUCGCGUUGGGCAACAGUUUAAAGGCGCGAGGGCACAACGUGACCCUCUUGAGCGCGUUUCCAGGACCCGCCGCGAACAACGGACUACGAGAGAUCGUCCCACCCAUUCUCGAGGCUUACGUCGGAAAUUACACGGCCGAAUGGGAUUUGGUCGGCGCCAGAUUUCGUAACGAACUACCUAUUUCUCCAUGGGACGCGAUGCGAUACGGCUGGGAAUCUUGCGAGGCUCUUCUUCGCGACGAGACGUCCGUGUCUUCUUUGAGGAAGCCCGAAGGCGACCCUCACGCGCGAUGGGACAUCGUCGUCGUCGACGGAGCUUUCCCCGAGUGUCUUCUAGGAAUUCUUCACGGCGAGCACGUGCCCACCAUCAUGUUAAACACGGUAGCCUUGUACAGCGGUUCGAUCAGCCGACAAGGGAACCCAUCGCCAUGGUCCGUCACGCCGUAUUUCGGCAAACCCUUCACGCAGGAUAUGAAUUUCUUUCAAAGUCUCUUGAACGUUGCCUGCCUCCUCACGCUGAGACUCAUGCACUGGAUCAUGAUCAGUGGAUACUUGCAACCGGUUUUGAGACAAUAUCUAGGGAGUCAAUUGCCAGAUGUACGAGACUUGACUACGGAGAUUCCGCUCACGCUGCAGAAUAGUCAUUACACCGUGGCUGACUCUGUGCCCUAUUUGGCAAACGUCGUCAACGUCGCGUGUCUGCAUUGCAACCCGGCCACUCAGCUUAAUCCCGAUUUGGAAACGUUCUUACAACGCGAGAAAUUGGGCUACGCCUUGGUAAUGGAUUUGGCUGAAAUGUCGAUCGGAAACCUUCGAGAAGGGAUUCUUAAAGUAGCUGCGGCCCAUAACAAUUCGUAUCGAAUGGCAGCAAAGAAAAGGAGCAAGCUGUUACGAGAUCUGCCGAUCAGUCCGAGGAAAUUGGCUACGUGGUGGGUGGAACACGUCGCCAAGUACAAAGGGGCCGAACAUUUGAAGAAUUCCGCCAGACACAUGAACGUCGUUCGCUACUAUUCCAUCGACGUGGUAGCGUUCUAUGUGAUAACGUUGAUAUCAGUGAUGUAUGGAUUGAAGAAACUGUGUUGGACGACGAUACCUAAGUCAACUGUGAAGAGGAAGAUCAACUAGACUGAACUGUAUUAAUCUAUCUCUUUUACAGAAACUUCUCACAUAUUUAUGUUCUCACUUAUGUUCAGUUCUCGAUGACA